CAUAGUGUGACACUGAAGAUGAUCAACAACAUCAUCGGAGGUCAGACAAAUUAUCGCCAUUCUUGCAAGAUGCAGCUGAGAAAUGUGCUUGUUCAUGCUAAGUCCAAGGAGAUGAAUGCAGACCUACCUGUAGGGUCUCAAUAUUCGUUGGCAGAGCUCCGCGAGAUGGUCACAAGUGACCCAAAGAUGAAAAAUUUGACGAAAGAACAAGAGGCUGCCUACAUUUCAGCACUCGAUCAGCAUCGUGAAAAAAGAUCCACCGGUGUUCAGUCGAACAACAUAGCAGCUGCAUGUGAAGUCAUAGGUACGACAGAUAGGAUUGUCAAAGAGCUGGACGACCUGCGAGUUCGGACUGGUGUCUACACAACAUUAUUUGUUGUUCACAGUCACAUCAACAACACAGUUCAAAGUGCGAUGCAUGGGACCAAUAACUCAGAAGACUUUUGGGAGGAUGUAUAUGACCAUCCUAUGGCCGAUUUCCUCAGGCAAUAUGAGCAAUGGGCGUGCACCCAGAAUCAAAGUGUGCAUCUCACAUCUUUGUAUACUGGCCCAUUCAAUAUCCUACAGAUCUUAAUGAACGGGACUCUUUGGAAAUGGUAUGGAAGCAGGUAUGUAAAAUGA